AACGAACAUUCACUUCAACUCCGUUUCAGGAAACUGUCCGGUUUUGUUGUAUUGUUGCCACACAACUCGUGCAGUGGGCUUUAAACUUAAAGCAAACAUUCAUUUUAGCCCACAAUAUCUUGCUUUGGUCUUAACUUUUAUAUUUAGCCCUGAGGUUACCGGUUUGCCGAGAUGCCACCUAAAAAGCGCAACUCCGGGACACAGAAGGAGCUGAAGCCCGGAGCUGAAGGAGGAUCUCCGGACAAAAAAGAGAGUCCAGAGUUGUCUGUUAAAAAACACAAAGAUAAGGAUGCUGAGUUUGUGACACUGUGCAAGAACCUUCAUGUGACAGACCUGGUUUGUGAUCGUGCCUGGACACUGUGGAAGACUGUCCAGGAGUCCAUGGACGAAGUCACUGAGGGUCAAAAAAAGCUGUGGGGAGCUUGUUUGUUUGUAACUAUGACAGACUUGGAUGUUCCCUGUUUCACCUUAACUCAGGUUCUGAAGGCAGUGAAUAUGAACGUCAAGCAGUUCCUCAGUCUGGUGAGGAAGUUGGAUGUGAACUUGGAUACAAUAAGCACAAAGGUUAAUUCAGCACUGACACGAGUGGAGAAGAAGUACGAUGUGAUGCUGGCUCUCUACCAGAGGUUUGAGAAAAUAUGCAAGAAAACAUUUUCUUUGGACAUUGAUGGAAAUUCAUUGUCACAAUCUUCAAGGGAUAGGGAGAUCGUGCGGAGCUGCUGGACAAUGUUUCUUUUGGCAAAAGGAAACGCUUUGCAGAUGGAGGAUGACCUGGUCAUUUCAUUCCAACUGCUUCUUUGUGCAGUGGAGUUUUUUAUCAAGCGCUGCCCUCCAGACCUUCUCCAGCCUCUUUACAGUUUUCCCUCAGAAUCGGCCAUCAGCAAAGUUCAGAGUCCUCCAACACGAACAUCUCGUCGCAACCAGAGCAAAGCCAAAUCCCGUCCUCCUGAGCCACAGGUGGACCUGCAGCUACUUGAGACAUUGUGCAAGGAGAACGAAUGCAAUACAGAAGAGGUGAAGAAUGUUUACCAGACCAGUUUCUUGGCUUUCCUGGAUUCUCUGGAUCUCUCAAGAUCCACAGAUUUGCCUCAGGUGAACAGCCUCAACCAACAAUAUAACGAGCACUACCUCAAGAGUCGAGACAUUGACGAUCGUCUGUUCUUGGAUGGAGAUGAGACCAUUCUUCCUCCUAAAAUUGAAAUCACACAGGUAGAGAGGACGCCAAAGAAGAACCUGCAGGAAGAAGAUUCUGUCAUCAUCCCUCCACAGACACCAAUCAAAGCUGCGAUGGCCUCCAUUCAGCAGUUGAGGGGUGAUCUUGUCUCUAGUGGGGACCAGCCGUCCACCACACUGGCUACAUAUUUUAAAAAUUGCACCAUCGAUCCGACACAGGGCAUGUUGAAGCGUUUGGAGAUGCUUGGACAGACAUUCAGCCAAAGGUUCAGUCAGGCUGUUGGCCCACGCUUCAUAAUCAUUGGAAAGCAGAGAUUCACCCUUGGUGUCAGACUGUAUUACAAAGUAAUGGAGGAAAUGCUGAAGUCGGAAGAGAAAAGGCUGUCUGUGCAAAACUUCAGCAAACUCCUCAAUGACUCCACAUUCCAUACAUCACUUUUGGCCUGUGCUUUGGAGGUUGUCAUGGCAACGUAUGGAGAGAGCAGUUUUAAGGCUGGAGGUUACAACCAAGCAAACGGCAGUGAAACAGCUGAAACAGACCUGUGUUUCCCCUGGAUUUUGGAUGUGUUCAGCCUCGCUGCCUUUGACUUCUACAAAGUCAUAGAGAGCUUCAUUAAGGCUGAACCCACUCUCAGCAAAGACAUCGUCAAACAUCUAGAGACCUGUGAGAACCUCAUCAUGGAGAAGAUUGCAUGGAGAACGGGCUCCGUGCUGUUUGAGCUGCUUAAACAGGAGCAUGAAGGAGGUGCAGCAGAGCAGGCGGAGGCUCCAGCCAGCUUUAACCAACCACUGCAGCACAACCACACUGCUGCUGACCUCUAUCUGUCUCCUAUGCAUCCGGGUCUUCGUGUCUUGCCUCCAGAGUCCCCGGCCCCGCCCAACUCCCAGCAUGCAUCUCAGCCUCAGAACCAGCCGGCCUUGCAGCCCGGUGGCCAGACUCCACGACACCUCAAAUCCAACUCUCUCAGCCUGUUUUACAAAAAAUUGUACCGUCUGGCCUACACACGGCUGAAGCUGCUCUGUUCUUACCUGCUGUCCUUUAACCCUGAACUGGAGCCCAUCAUAUGGACUCUGUUCCAGCACACUCUGCAGCACGAGUACGAGCUGAUGAAAAACCGCCAUCUGGAUCAGUUGAUGAUGUCAGCCAUGUAUGCCAUCUGCAAAGUGAAGAGUGUCGAUCUUCGCUUCAAAACUAUCGUCACAGCGUACAAGAACAUGCCCAACACUAACCAGGAGACUUUUAAGCACGUGUUGAUCUCAGACGGCCACUAUGACUCCAUCAUCGUGUUCUACAACCAGGUGUUCAUGCAGAGGCUCAAAACUAACAUCCUGCAAUAUGCGUCUCCCAGGCCUCCUACUCUCUCUCCAAUCCCACAAAUACCACGAAGCCCUUAUAAAUUCCCUAACUCACCUCUGCGUGUACCUGGAAGCAACAAUGUGUACAUCUCCCCCCUAAAGAGCCCUCGCAUGUCGCCGGGUAUCAUGACUCCCCGCUCAAGAAUGCUGGUUUCAAUCGGUGAAUCUUUCGGGCUGUCGAACCGCUUCCAGAAGAUCAACCAGAUGGUGAACAGCAGUGAUCGCUCCUUCAAGAGGACUCUGGAUCUGGGCCCGACCCCCAAGCCCCUGAAGAGGUUGCGCUUCGAUGUGGACGGACAGGAUGAAGCUGAUGGCAGCAAAUCUGGUGGAGAUUCUACACUCAUACAAAAACUUGCAGAGAUGAGUUCUACUCGGAGUCGUAUGCAAGAGCAAAAGAUGAAGGAGGAUGCAGAAUCAAGGAGGGAGUAACUCGAGUAUCUACUGAACUGACCUGCACUGUUGGACAAACGUGGACAUUACUUUCUGUUCACACACUUUCUCUGCUUUCUAUGGUAAUGAUUUUCACAUGUCGAUCUGACAUUAAAUUUGUUUGGUCAUGUUUUAAGUGUGCUAUUAAUGUUUGGUUGUUAUAUAUAUAUUAAAAAAAAAGGAUGAUUAUUACUCGCUAAACUGUUCUCGAUUAGAGGAAUGCUGUUUAAACACAUGGCUGGUUUUCCUGUUAAAUAAUCAAUUGAGUCUUCAGGACAGUUGACAUCUAAUAUUUUGACGAUUUGAUGUUUUCAAUCAUGAUAACUAAAAUUGGUGCAUCUUUCCAUCCAGCUCUUACUUUUAAAACUUUUUUCUUGUAUAAUUUGUUUGGGAAGUUCAGUUUAUGCCAUAAAGUGAUAAAAUAAGGUAAACCUCAUCAAAAUCACAUCCAGUCCCUCCAGGUUUUAUCUAGUUCAUCACUAUGCCACCUGAAAGCAUUUGUUUUCACUACAUGUUUGAAAGUAGUUAGAGUGAAGUUCUGUUUUACUUUUGUUCAGUAUAUAUACAUCAAAUGUAAGCACCUCCAUGUGGUUAUCAGAAAAUUGAUCAUUUCCUCAGUUUCCCUGGUCAAAAAUAAUUUGGAGUGUUUGGAAAGUGAUUUUGGAGGUUUCAGAGAAAAGGAAUGACCAUUUAUAGUGAUCAAAAACUACAGACACUGCAUAGAGAAAAGUCAUAUCUGGACUUAUUUUCAAAUAAGAAAAUGGUGUAAAAUAUUGAUUAAAAAUGUCAGCUACCAGAGCUUUUAAAUUAAGAUGUGUUUAUAUUGUACUUUAUGGAAUAGGUUUUUAAUGUAGCAAAUAUUUCUUUUGUAAUAAUGACUUUCUCCUUUGUUUCCUUCUCCACAAAGACGUUACUACUCAGAGGUGUUAUUGCCACAGAUAUAGUGUUUUAUCUUGUUGAGAAAAAGAGCCUCCAGUGUGGAGUGAUAGUGCCAUUAUUUAACAUAGAAAACAAAAAUGCCCUCUUAUUGUAGAAAGUUUUUUUUUUUUGUUCUGUUUUUAAUGUGACCUUUAGUUUUGGUUUGUUUUCCAGGAAGCCCUUUAUUAUUCUCAUGAUGGCAAUUCUUAAGUCAUUAUUUUGAAUAAUUAAUUUGUUUCCAGUUUUCACAGUGAAUUAUUUUUGGGCUUUUGUUCUCUCCUUCCUUUUGUGUUAAAUUGGAGAAAAAAAAAAGUUUUGUUCAGAAAUGAAAAGAAACAUAAAAUUGUUU